AUGGAGGCCGGGUUUGAUGGGGUUGAGCUCCACGGGGCGAAUGGAUAUUUGAUCGACCAAUUCAUUCAAGAUACAUGUAACAGGCGAACCGACGAAUGGGGAGGAAACAUUGAGAACAGGUCACGUUUCUGCUUUGAAGUUGCGAAAGCAGUUUCCGAAGCAAUCGGACCUGAUCGAACGGCGGUCCGUCUCUCACAUUUCAGUGAAUUCCAAGGGAUGCGUACGGGAGACCCGAUUCCUCAAUUUACGCAUCUCAUCUCCCAGCUAAGUUCGCUCGGUCUUGCGUAUCUACAUCUUAUUGAACCACGGGUUUCAGGAAAUGCCGAUAAAGCAACGCGCGAGGACGAAAGUCUAGACUUCGCCAUUAAGGCAUGGGGAAGAACAAGCCCUAUUAUUCUUGCUGGGGGCUAUUCAUUGGAAAAGGCUAAUCAGGCAAUUGGGUCCAAAUUGAAGGAUGAAAACGUUGCAUUCGCCUUCGGGAGACAUUUUAUCUCUAAUCCCGAUCUCCCUUUCAGGCUGGCUAACAGCCUACCUUUGACACAGUAUGAGCGAGCCACUUUUUAUAAAGUUGGAAGCCCUGACGGCUAUAUCGACUAUCCGUUCAGCAGAUUUUGGGCAGAUCAGUUAGGUGCAGGUCAAACAACCAUAUUUAAAUAG